ACGUGGUUCGAGCGAGUGAGCAUGAUGAUCAUCCUGCUGAACUGCGUAACGCUGGGAAUGUACCAACCCUGCCAGAACAUCGACUGCUCCUCCGACAGAUGCCAGAUACUGUCUGCCUUCGACGCCUUCAUCUACAUCUUCUUCGCCCUGGAGAUGGUGAUCAAGAUGGUGGCGCUGGGAAUCUUCGGCCCACGCUGUUACCUUGGCGACACCUGGAACCGCCUGGACUUCUUUAUCGUCAUGGCAGGCAUGGUGGAGUACUCGCUGGACCUGCAGAACCUCAACUUCACGGCCAUCAGGACGGUGCGAGUCCUGCGACCGCUCAAAGCCAUCAACAGAGUGCCUAGCAUGCGCAUCCUCGUCAACCUGCUGCUGGACACGCUGCCCAUGUUGGGUAACGUGCUGUUGCUGUGCUUCUUCGUCUUCUUCAUCUUCGGCAUCAUCGGCGUGCAGUUGUGGGCGGGGCUGCUGAGAAACCGCUGCUACCCGGAGGAGAAUUUCACGCUGACGACAGGCAUCCGCCUUCCGCGUCCGUACUACAUGGCGGACGAGGACGACGAGCGUCCGUUCAUCUGUUCCCUGCCGGUGGACAACGGCAUUAUGUCGUGCCGGGACAUGCCGGCGCGGCGCGAGGGAGGUCGCACGUGCUGCCUGGACAAAGACGACGUGCUCUACCGCCGCUCGCUGGGCCUGGACGUGGAGCCGCGGCAAAACGGCAGCGCCGGGGCAUCGGGCCUGUGCGUCAACUGGAACCAGUACUACACCAGGUGUCACACCGGAUUCAGCAACCCGCACAAAGGAGCCAUCAAUUUCGACAACAUUGCUUACGCCUGGAUCGUCAUCUUCCAGGUGAUCACGCUGGAGGGCUGGGUCGAGAUCAUGUACUAUGUGAUGGAUGCGCAUUCCUUCUACAACUUCAUCUACUUUAUCCUACUAAUAAUUGUGGGCUCAUUCUUCAUGAUCAACCUGUGCCUGGUGGUGAUCGCCACGCAGUUCUCGGAGACCAAGCAGCGCGAGCACCAGCUGAUGCAGGAGCAGCGAGCGCGAUGCUCGUCCUCGUCCACGCUGGCCAGCGAGCCCGGCGACUGCUAUGAGGCACUCUUCCAGCUCCUCUGCCACGUCAUCCGCAAGGCCCGCAGGCAGGCCCUCGCCCUCUUCAACGCACUGCGCGGCAAACCCCGAGGGUUCCGUGGCGUCGGUAGGGGCCGGCGGGGGGGCGACGCCAGGGAGCGCAGGGCCAAUGGGAGGGGUGGGCGGGAGAGCCGCACCGUUUUGCGACCUGGCCCACCUUGCCACCACCAUGACAAACCCAACCACGCCCGCUCUGGAGAGCCCCCGCCCCUCACUGACGGGGUGACGCCAGUCACGGGUGAUGGGGAGGCGGCGGAGGGCGUCGUCGUCAAGGACUGCCGCGAGGGCACCGGCGAGCGCUGCGGGAGGCUGUGGUACGACACGAGGAUGAAGCUGUGGGGCAUCGUGGAGAGCAAGUACUUCAACAGGGGCAUCAUGAUCGCCAUCCUCAUCAAUACCAUCAGUAUGGGCAUUGAGCAUCACCAGCAGCCAGAGGAGCUGACCAACGUUCUGGAGAUCUGCAACAUUGUCUUCACCAGCGUGUUCUCCCUGGAGAUGAUCCUCAAACUCACCGCCUUCGGCUCCUUCAACUACCUGAGGAACCCCUACAACGUCUUUGACGGGAUCAUCGUCAUCAUCAGCGUGUGUGAGAUCGUGGGCCAGUCUGACGGCGGACUGUCGGUGCUGAGGACCUUCCGGCUUCUGCGGGUCCUCAAGCUCGUCAGGUUCAUGCCGGCUCUGAGGAGGCAGCUGGUGGUUCUCAUGAAGACCAUGGACAAUGUGGCCACUUUCUGCAUGCUGCUCAUGCUCUUCAUUUUCAUCUUCAGCAUUUUGGGGAUGCACAUCUUUGGCUGCAAGUUCAGCCUGAAGACGGAGAUGGGAGACACGGUCCCCGACAGGAAGAACUUUGACUCGCUGCUGUGGGCCAUCGUCACGGUCUUCCAGAUCCUGACUCAGGAGGACUGGAACGUGGUCUUGUACAACGGCAUGGCGGCCACGUCACCACUGGCGGCGCUCUACUUUGUGGCCCUCAUGACCUUUGGGAACUACGUCCUUUUCAACUUGCUGGUGGCCAUCUUGGUCGAGGGUUUUCAGGCAGAGGGUGACGCCAAUCGUUCCUAUUCUGACGACGACCGAUCCUCCUCCAACUUUGAUGAGAGCGAGAAGCACGAUUCCAUAAAACUGUCUGACCCCAGGAUCUGCACCUUAAUGCCCAACGGCCACCUAGAGCUCGGCGCCCUCGCAUGGUCCCGUGGGGGCUCGCACUCCUCCGAGAGGCAGAGCUUCACUGGCGAGUCACGGAACAGCAGCGUGAUUAGUGGGGGAAAGGGGAGCCUGGAGAGACGGUCCCUCUCGCUGCGGCUCGGUCGCAGUUCCAACUACCACAACUGGGGACGCCCUUUUCAUCCUCAAUCUGCGUGGAGCCGCAGGUCCAGCUCCAAUAGCCUGGGGCGCAGGAACUACGGCUUCGGUGGGGCUCCUCUGGUGGGGGGGAGCCUCCGCAUACACAGCACCCGCACCCCUUACUCGUACCCCCACCCUGCCGAGCAGGAGUCCCUCCUCUCCCGGCCCCCACACCCCCACCAUGUUCCACCCCUCCACGGUCCUCCCCCAGCCGGACUCCUGCUGUCCAGAAGGGACCGCCGGGCUCUGUCCCUGGAACUACCGGAGUUACUCCGGGCCGGGGGACAGGGGGGCUGCCCACCUCCCGCAAACACCAGCUCCGGGAAGAGAAGCAGGGGGUCUGUCACAGGGGGUUCCGGGACGGGGAGCGGCGUCGGGACGGACCACCGGGACUGUAACGGCAAGACUCCCGGACCCCACAGCCUACUGAUGGUUAAUGUUUUCCCGCAAGUCAAUGCACGCAAGGAGAGAACAAAUCUAGAUGAAGAGACUGACUAUAGUGUUUGUUUUCGCGUGCAGAAGAUGUUUGAGGUGUACAAGCCGGAUUGGUGUGAGAGUCGAGAGGACUGGUCCGUCUACUUCUUCUCCCCACAGAACAAGUUCAGGGCAGUCUGCCAGUCAAUCAUUGCUCACAAGCUCUUUGACUACGUGGUGCUGGUCUUCAUCUUUCUCAAUUGCAUCACGGUGGCUCUUGAGAGGCCCAGGAUCCUCCAAGGCAGUCUGGAAAGGCUUCUCCUCACCAUUUCCAACUAUGUCUUCACUGCCAUCUUUGUGGCCGAGAUGACCCUCAAGGUGGUGUCCAUGGGUCUGUACCUGGGUGAGACGGCCUACCUGCGGAGCAGCUGGAACAUUCUGGACGGCUUCCUGGUCUUCGUGUCGCUCAUCGACAUCGUGGUGUCCAUGGCGGGGGGCGCUAAAAUCCUCGGUGUCCUCCGCGUCCUCAGGCUACUGCGGACGUUGCGACCCCUCAGGGUCAUCAGCAGAGCUCCGGGUCUGAAGCUGGUGGUGGAGACCCUCAUUACCUCUCUCAAGCCCAUCGGCAACAUCGUCCUCAUAUGCUGUGCCUUUUUCAUCAUCUUUGGAAUUCUUGGAGUUCAGCUGUUCAAAGGCAAAUUCUACUACUGCGUGAGUAUCAACGUGAAGAACAUCACCAACAAGUCCGACUGCCUGGCCGCCAACUACCGAUGGGUGCACCACAAAUACAACUUUGACAAUCUUGGUCAGGCUCUGAUGUCCUUGUUUGUGCUGGCCUCCAAAGAUGGCUGGGUGAAUAUCAUGUAUCACGGACUGGAUGCAGUGGGCAUCGACCAGCAGCCAGUGAUCAACAACAACCCGUGGAUGCUGCUUUACUUCAUCUCUUUCCUGCUCAUCGUCAGCUUCUUUGUGCUCAACAUGUUUGUGGGCGUGGUGGUGGAGAACUUCCACAAGUGUCGCCAACACCAGGAGGUGGAGGAGGCCAGGCGGCGCGAGGAGAAGCGCCUGCGGCGCAUGGAGAAGAAGAGGCGCAAGGCCCAGAAGCUUCCUUACUUCGCCUCCUAUGGCCCGGCACGACUGGCCAUCCACACACUGUGCACCAGCCACUACCUGGACCUGGUCAUCACCUUCAUCAUCUGCAUCAAUGUCAUCACCAUGUCACUUGAGCACUACAGCCAGCCUCAGUCUCUGGAGACUGCACUGAAGUACUGCAACUACUUCUUCACAUCCACAUUUGUCAUUGAAGCAACUCUAAAGCUUGUGGCCUUCGGAUUUCGACGUUUUUUCAAGGACAGGUGGAACCAGUUGGACCUGGCCAUCGUGUUGCUGUCGGUGAUGGGCAUUACGCUGGAGGAGAUUGAGAUCAAUGCCUCUCUACCCAUCAAUCCAACCAUCAUCAGGAUUAUGAGGGUGCUCAGGAUAGCGAGAGUGUUGAAGUUGCUUAAGAUGGCAACCGGGAUGAGAGCUUUGCUGGAUACUGUCGUCCAAGCUCUGCCUCAAGUGGGAAAUCUCGGCCUGCUGUUCAUGCUGCUCUUCUUCAUCUACGCUGCCCUCGGUGUGGAGCUCUUUGGAGAGCUGGUGUGCAACGUUGACUAUCCAUGCGAGGGCAUGAGCCGUCAUGCGACCUUCGAGAACUUCGGAAUGGCGUUCCUCACACUCUUCCAGGUCUCCACGGGCGACAACUGGAACGGCAUCAUGAAGGACACCCUCCGCGAGUGCCCUCCGGGGCGUCCGGGCGGCGACUACGGCUGCCACGCGGGCCUCCAGUUCAUCUCUCCUUUGUACUUCGUGUCAUUCGUUUUGACGGCUCAGUUCGUCCUCAUCAACGUGGUGGUGGCCGUACUCAUGAAGCACCUGGACGACUCCAACAAGGAGGCACAGGAGGACGCCGAGAUGGACGCAGAGAUCGAGCUGGAGCUGGCCCAGGGCGGCCUGUGCUGCAUAAUGGGUGGCAUCGGGGCCAUCGCGGGGGUCACGGGUGGGGCUGUCGGCGGAGUGGGCGACGGUGCGGUCGGAGGGCAGAGCGGAGCUUUGAUGCCGCUGCCAAAAAACGGAGGAGGUGGUGGAGUAGGGGCUCCUGAGGAAGGACACACGAAUCCCAGAUGUCGACUUUAUUCUCCUGCUCAGGAGAGCCAGUGGCUGGACAGUGUGUCUCUGCUCAUCAAAGACUCUAUGGAAGGCGAUAUGAUUGACAAUCUCUCCGGCUCCGUCUUCCAUCAUUACUCCCACAUUUGCAAGGACUGUGACGGACACACACAAGAGGUCUGUCUGGCGGAGGUGGAGAGAAUGUCACUGAUGUCAGAGCAGCUGUCUGACAAAUCAUCAUCACCGGCGCUGCCCGAUGAUCUCAGCCUGGACGAACACGCCAGCUACCAGAUGCUGAUAGGAGGAAGCCAGGAGGGCAGCAGUGGUGACUCCCAUAGUUUGGGUGAGUCGCACACUGAGAGGCUCUACAAGGGGCUCCCUUGUACAGCCCCUUCCAGAGGAGAGGAAGAAGAUGAAGAGAAGGAGGUUCACCAGCUUAUUGAGGCGAGCAUCCAUCCUUACUUGUGUCCGCCAUCGGUGGAACGACAAAGCCCAACGCAUUGCACAGAUGAGUGCGUAAGCUGCAUCGAUGGAGGCCUCAGGUCUUCGCCGCUCUUCCACCUCCCGGCUGACUUCUUUCACCCCGCCCCCAACCCUCGAGACAGGCCUUCGUCCCGGCUGGCCUCCCCGGCCUCCUGGGCGUCCCUCCGCUCACCCAGAGCCAACAGUGGGACGGUGCGCUCACGGCACCUGUCCCAGAGCGGCUCGUCGUCAGCCGCUGGUAGUCCUGAGGGCAGCCAACAGGUGGCGCUGGAGGAAGGCCUCACCUUCAGUGUCUCACCACCUCGGCAUCUUGAUCCCCCGUGUCACCCAUCAGAGCCCACUCCAGUCCAGCAUGAUCACCCUACAGUGAAGAACCACAGCCCCACUUCCCACCACCAGGCCACCGAGGGGCACCAGAGGAGCCCCAGCCCCCCGCACCAGGACUCUGUGGGGCCCCCUGACGAAGACUUGGGGGAGGGUCUGUCUAACACCAACAACAGCCUCUCACUGACCCGUCAGCAAACAGACAGAAAGAGCAGCCGGGAACGGGACAUAAACUCCCGGAAGAACAGAUGAAACUUUUUGUCAUCCCACCAUGCUCAGAACUCUUCCAACUUGUUCUUGAUGACACAACUCUCUCGUCUUUGAACCAUCUGUUCUCUGUUGCUCAACUGCUCGGGAUUGGUCGUCUUAAGAGCAACCUCGCUUUCCAGACUCUGGGAUGACAGGCAAGAGUUUAGAACCCGGGGAUUUAGGCUCUGGAUGUUAAUGGAAAAUGUUCUUGGAGCUUCGAAAUCUGUCUGUGGAAUCUGCCAGUGAUUCGGGACUUUGGUUUUUCGAACCAGAACCCCCUUGGUCAUAUUACAGCCGGUGUCCACGUUUAUAUUGCACCGUCAAUAACAAUGGCAUUGACAGACAGGUGGAUUCUGUCGGGUACACAACAUUGCCAGGUUAUUUUCUGUGAUCUUGUGCGUGAAUGUCCAUGUAUCUGUCCUCCAAAGAUGCGUUUCCACAAAGCGACCGGGUCCAGUUGGCGGGUUAGAAGGGUUAAAUCGACACCCUGACCAUGCACUAUAGACAAGUAUUGACAAUAGACAGUAUGUUUGAAUUUCUUCAGAGUUAGUUAGAGACAAAAGGACAAAGGGAACUGCUGCUUGGUGGCUUGGUGGAAACAGGUCCUUAGAUUUCGUCAGGUCUGAAAGUGAGCCCCUUCAGAGCAGUAAUAUGUCCGUAUGUUUGACAAUCUUCAAGGUUAGGUAGAGAGCGGACAAAAUAAAGACUUUGGAAAAUGGAAACCCAAAUGAACGCGUACCGUACUGAGCUGUAGCGCUGCUCAGCAAAAACAGUAAUUUGGAGCUCGUCUGGUCUGAAAGUGAAGAAAAUGGAUACCCAAAUGAAUGCGGACCAAAUUUAACCAAAACCAUAUUGCUGCUUGGUGGAAACAUGUUUUGAGUAUCUUUGUUGCGUCUGAAAGUGGACCCCUAAAAGCGGUUCUAAUCUUUUUUUUUUUUUCCUAGUACUUUUCACGUUUUUCAUAGUUAGGCUUAGACUUUGAAAAACAGAAACCCAAAUAAACGCGAACCGUAAUGUACUGCUGCUUGGUAGAAACAGGUCUACAGUGUCUUUGUGGGUCUGAAAUGAAAAACUAAAAGUCCUUUGGAUCAGUUAUAUCAGUACCUUUCACUUCUUUCACGGUCAACAAAAACCCAAAUGAAAACUUUUCAUACCAUACUGAACCAUACUGAUGCUUGGUGGAAACAGGUCUUCUGAACUCAUCAGGUCUGAAAAUGAACCAGUGAACAUGGUUUGGAAUUGAUCAGUGAUACACUAUAUUGCCAAAAAGUAAUCGCUCACCUGGCUUGACUCACAUAGAAACUUAAGGGACAUCCCAUUCCUCAUCCAUCUUCCGAGCCGCUUCUCCUCACUAGGGUCGCGGGCGUGCUGGAGCCUAUCCCAGCUAUCA